AAUAGAGACUCCACCUCAGUAAGGAGAGAGUCUGCACAGGAGCAGUGAGAUACAGGGGGAGGCUCUGGGAAGGUGUUGCUGUUGGACCCUGGGACCGGGCUGACUUUAACACGGGCAUGACAGAAGCGUGCGGCAGCUCUGAAAUCCACAGGCUGGGCUUAUCCUGCGUUUUCCCAACGCCGUCGCCAGUGGGAAAAUGGGCUCGAAAUUAACGCGAGGAGGAGGAAGAAGCGGUGCUGGCGGCGGUCUGGGUCCGCAGGACGAGCGCCCCAGGUCGGCAUCGCUGCAGGAAUUCCGCUCGGAGCUGGCUGCGGGCACAGGGCGGCGGGCGGAGCUGGCGGUCCCCUCGCUCAUCCUCAAACCUGAGAGGCUGCUGCCUCAGAAAGCGGCACCGGCUCCGUACGUUCGCAGGGUCGGAUGGAUCAGGGAAAUCCAGGCGCUGCUCCGGGAACAGAGAGCCGAGCAGGCGGCCGGGCUGGUCAGACUGCUCCGCAAGGAUCUGGGCCUGGAAGGCUCCUCGCUGAAUGAUGUUCUCUAUAAACACACAGCCUUCCCGAACCUGGUGGAUCCUAUAUCCCAUGACUUGUUAAUGAGCCUGGCCCGUGACAUCCAGUGCCCGAAGAAGGAACUGGAACCCCUGAAAUCCUCUGAGAAGCUUUGUCGACAGCUCAUCUACCAUCUGACCCCACACUCUAAGUGGCACAGGCAGACUGUGCCCAGGCAGAAGUCACAAGCCUGUGUAAAAGCUGCAUUGCAGAAAAAUCUCACCAAUGACUCCCUGGAUCUAUCAGGAAUGCCACUUUCUUCCAGGGACAUUCACCGUGUGGCAUACUACUUGCAGCUGAACAGAGACCAUCUGACGUCCAUCGAUUUGAGCUUCACUGAGUUGGCAGAUGAUGGCCUGCAGCUUCUGUUGCCCUUGCUGGCAGCACUUCCGAAACUAACCAACCUGGCGCUGAAUGGGAACAGACUGACCCGGCUCGUUGUCAAUGAAAUGACUGAGAUGAUGAAGGAGCCAAACAAGUAUCCGGCACUGUCCUGGAUUGACCUGGGGAACAACGCAGACAUCUGCUCCAUGCCCCAGCCUCUCCUGGUGGGGCUACGUCGGCGCUGCAGCCUGCAGGGGGCACUGCCCACCAUCCAGGAGUACAUAGAAGGACAGCCCAGUGACCAAGAGAUGGAGGCAGAGGAUGUGAUCACCCACUCAGAGGAGGAUGAAGAUGGUCACUGGCCCACGGUGCAGAGGGAAACUGGUCCACAGGGCUACUGUCAGAGGUGAUUUUGUGUCAGUGAGAGGUUUAAGUUUGUGUCCAGUAAACACAGGUUCUAAAAUGAGUUUGGGCUUCAGCCAGUUGUUAUACCCUGAGGCCAAAUGCAUUGCCAUUUAUUUGAAAGCCUAUUCCGUCAAAGUAUGUUUAUAAAUUCCGUAAAUUGUCCAAGAGUGAAUUUUAUAUCUCAUGAACUUCAGCUUGGGUACGAUUGGACAGUGAAGCUGAUGAAACUUCUUCCUACAUUGGCUGGUCACAUCAACUCCUUUAAGAAAAGAAACAGAUAUUGACUUUUGCACAAAAAUCUUACAGGCUCUCAGAAAGGAAGAUGUAAUGUCAAUGUGGCCUGGUACAUCACAACAAGAAUUUAAACAGCAAGCCACUUAUCAACUGUCCAAUGUGUUUGUGUUUUGGUCAUUACAAUAAUAAUGACGUUGAAUAUUAACUGAAUGUGUUGUGUCGUGUAGACCUAUCACAUGGCUGGAGAAACAUCUCCCAUGUAGAAUUUUCAAGCACUGUAGAAUUCACAAAGAUUCACUGUGAAAUGAAAAAAAAACCAUCAGAUGUGAAUCUGUCGUGUGCGCGUUGUGUCUGCGUGUCUGUGUAAUUAUGCGUGCACGUGUUGUGUGUGCAUGUGUAUUGCAUGUGUGGGUGUAUUUAUCUUUCGCCUUCCCUUUAUCUUGCUCCUGUUUAAAUGUUAUAUGUUGGUAAUAACUUCCAAAUUCUAGUGAGGAGUCUGAUGUCUUAAAUGCCUUGAUCACUGUACAGAGAUUGAAUCUUUCCAGACAUUUCUUUUUCUCGUUUCAGAUUUCCAGCAACUGCAGCCAGUUAGUUUUUCCAUACAUGUAGACUGACUUGUGUGUUUUGCCAACUGUACACUGUAAUACACAUAUCCAUAAUGUUCACUUCAGUUAUAAAGACAAACAGCUCUGUAACAUGCCCCCCAGUUGCUCACAUGUAGGCAGCUAAGAUUCAACCUCACAAACAUCUCUCCAAAUUACCUUGGGCAAUAGCCCGUUCAUUUGUUUUACCAUUUUCAAGUUUGGCUUAGUUCUGCAAUUCAUUUUGUUUUAAGAAUCAUAGAAUCCCUACAGCGUAGAUAGAAGCCAUUUGGCCCACUGAAUCUUCACUAACCUUCUGAAGAACAUCCCGCUCAGACCCAGCAGUUCCCCCCAUCAACCCCCACCCCCCGAGACCCAACCUAUCACCGUAACCUCUCAUUCUCUUUUUUACCUUGGCCAAUAUAUGUAACCUGCAUAUCUUUGGACUUUGAGAGGAAACUGGAGGCCCUGUAGGAAUCCCAUGAAGACAGGCAGACAACAAGCAAACUCCAUACAUACAGUCACACUCAUACACCAUGGAAACAGACCCAACAGUCCAAUCAAUCCACGGCGACCAUAAUCCCAAACUAAAGUAGUCCCACCUGCCUGUGCUUGGCCCACGUGGCUCUAAGCAUUUCUUAUUCAUGUACUUAUCUAAAUGUCUUUUAAAUGUUGUAACUGUACCUGCCAUCCACCACUUCCUCCAGAAGUUCAUUCCACAUUCGAACCAUUCUGUAUUUAAAAAAAAUUAUCCACCACAUCUUUUUUUAAAUCUUUCUCUUCUUACCCUAAAAAUGUGCCCCCUAGUUUUGAACUCCCCUACCCUGGGGAAAAAGACACCUGCUUUUCACCUUAUCUAUAACCCUCAUGAUUUUAUAAACCUUUAUACAGUCGCCCCUCAACAUCCUAUGCUCCAGUGUAAAAAGUCCCAGCCUAUCCUGUUUCUCCCUAUAAUUGAAACUUGGCAAAUCUUUACAUUUGGACCUGGGAUCCUGGUGCUGUCAGGCAGCAAUGCUAACCAUUGAGCCACCAUGUCACCCCUAAACUGUUUCAGUUUGUAAGUUCGGGGGUCAACUCCACCAGCCUUUGGAGCAAUAAGAUUGUUGCUAAACUAUGGCCUAACUCCAAAACCUGCCUUGGGCCUAUAUCCCUUGAUUCCAUUUCUUAAUUUAAAAAAAACUAUCUCAGAUUAACAUUUAACAGUUGAACCGGCAUUGACUGUCAUUUGAGGAAGAGAUUUCUAAAAUCUUCACUACUGUUUGCAUGUCGAGUGCUUUCUAACAUCUCUCCUGAAUAACCUGACGCUAAUUCUUAGACUAUCCCCUGGUUCUAAGAUCUUCAACCAGUGGAACAUAGUUUAUCUACCUGUCUUUCCCAGUUAAUAUCCUGAAGACCUUAGUUAGAUCACCCUUAACCUUCUAAAUUCUGGAGAAUAAAGGCCUCGUUUUGGCUCAUCUCUCCUCCUAAUAACCCCUGAAGUCUAGGUAUCAUCCUUUAAAACCUGUGUUGAACACCCUCCAGGGUCAAAACAUCUUUCCUAAGAUGUGGUGCCCAGAUCUGAUCACAGUACUCCAAGUGGGGUUUAACUAUGGUUUUGUAAUAACUGCAGCAUAAUGUCUGCAUCCUUAUAUUUCAGCUCUUUAGAUAUGAAGGCCAGCAUUCCAUUAGUCUUCUUGACUAUUUUCUAUUUGUGGCAUCUUAAAGAGCUGUGCACCUGAACCCCUAAUCUCAUUGGACAUCCAUUCUAUUUAACUUUGUGCCUUCUUAAAAAAAUACCCUGACCGAUGCUUUUUCAGUUCUAAAUGGAUAACCUCACGGUUGCUUAUAUUAAAAUCCAUCUGCUACAGCUUUGCCAAUUCACCUGAUCUACCAAUAUCUUGUUGUAAUUUUAUGCUGUUGUCAUCAGUCUUUACAAUGUUGCCCAAUUUUGUGUCAUCAGCAAAUUUGGAUAUUUGGCUUUAUAUGUCAUUAUCCAAGUCAUUAAUGAAUAUUGUGAAUAAAUGAGACCCCAACACAUUCUUGUGGGACAUCACCAGGCAUGUUCAGCCAGUUUGUGUACUUACCCAUUAUUCCAACUCUCUAUUUCCUGUCACUCAAUCAAUUUCCUAUCCAUUGUCUGCAAUUUGCCCUCAAUGCUGUGGGCUUCCACCUUAGUUAACAGUUCCCUGUGUGGAAAUUUAUCAAAAGCCUUCUGGAAGUCCAUAUAAACAACAUUCAUUGACUUACGUCUGUCCACUACCUUUGACACCUCUUCAAAACCUUCUUCUUAGUAUCCUAGAAUCCCUACAGUGUGGAAACAAGCCCUUCAGUUCAACAAGUCCACACUGACCCUGGUAGCAUCCUACCCAGACCUAUACCCCUAUAACCCACCUCAACUACACAUCUUUUGACUGUGGGAGAAAACUGGAGCACCUGGAGGAAACCCACACAGACACAGGGAGAAUGUGCAAACUCCACACAGAUAGUCGCCCAAGGCUGGAAUCAAACCUGGGUCCCUGGUGCUGUGAGGUGACAGUGCUAACCACUGAUCCACUGCGACUUGAUGAGGUUUGUCAGGCAUGAUCCACCCUUCAUGAAUCCACACUGAGUCUCCCUAGCUAACUGAAAUUUUUCGAGGUGAUCAGUUACCCUGUCCUUUAUUACAGACUCAAACAAUAUCCCCACCAUCAGAUCUUUCCGAUGUUACUAGCAUUUUCAGGAGGAUUAUCUCGCUGUCAUUGCUUGCUGCACCACUGGUCAUCCAUUUUCAGCCUAGUGCCACUCUUAUGCACAUUGCCAUGUCAGUGAGAUCUUUGGGUAUACUAUAAAGCAAACUUUACCACAGAUCAACUAAAGAGAGAGAUCAUUUCAUGCUGUAAUAUUACUUGGACCCUUUUGGGAACUUGGCCUGGUAUAAGCAGAUCUAGUGAUACAAUAAUAUCAUGUGUAAUUGUGUUUGUACGUCCUUCAAUAAAUGAUUUGGAUAUGA